UUCAAACUUUUGAGAAAGAAAUUGGAGAUAUCAAUGAAUUUGAGGAAAUCGAAUCAAUAGUUGGACCAUAUGUUCGACGCGAUUGUGAUGGAAUUUGGAUUGAUCAUGGACAAUCCUGAAGAGCAUCCCGAAGAGGAACUUGAAGACAAUGCAGACGAAGGCAUUGAUGUAGAAGAGGCUGGUACUGAAGAUCCAACGACAAAGAAGAAGAUAAGUAGGCAAACUAAGGGGAUAGUGCGAUUGGCAAAAAUAAUUGCUGACAAAAUCAAAGGGAUAAAGAUAAAUUUAAGGUUUAACAAGAGAGGGCAAUCAAUUGGAACUACGGAGAGAGCGUUACAAUGCUAUUUGGGGAUGUAAGCAAAGUCAAUGGUGUCGAUUACAUAUGAUAAUUGGCAUGAUGUUCCUGCUGCAACUUUAGAGAAUGUUUGGAAAGAUGUAAAUGUAAGAAUGAAGGUAAUCUUUUAAUGAACUUGUACAUUAUUUAUAUUAACUUGUAUUGUUUAACUUCGCAGCUAGCUUUUCAUCUUAAUGAGGGAAUGAGAAAGGAAGUGAUGAGUUCAGUAGGCAUCAAGUGGAGGGCAUUCAAAACAUUUUUUACUAGAAGAUUUGUAGCACCUUUCAUUACCAACCCACAUUUAUUGGAAGAUAAUCCCACUGCAUUAGAUGUGCCUCCAAAAAGAUAUAGCAUUCCUGAAGAAGAAUGGAAAAUCUUCGUCACUAAAAGAAAAAGUAAAGAAUUUCAAGAAUUUAGUAAAAAACAAAAAGAGAGGCGUGCUGCUUUGGAGUAUCCUCAUCGUUCAUCACGACGUAGUUAUAAAGAAAUAGAAUUUGACCUUCAAACUAAAUUAGGCACAGAUGAACCAAUAGACCGAUCUAUACUUUUGAAGGAGGCAAGGAAAGAUGCAUCGGGAAAUUAUGUAAAUGAACGUGACAAGCUUAUAGGAGAUGCCAUUGAUGACCUUCUAGAUCAAAGAAAUGAGGGGACACUUGUAGAAGUUGGGACAAACGAUAUAUUGACACAAGUGUUAGGGAAAAAGGAGCAUCCUGGUAGAGUAAGAGGCCAAAGUCGUGGCGUUACACAAAGAGACUACUUUUUGAAGCCAGCAGGAGGUUUUAGUGGACUUCAACAAUAUCAAUUUCAAUUUCAACAACACCAAUGGCAAAAAUACUUAGAUGACUUUAAAAAGUUAGAGCAAUCGUUUGAGCAAAGACUACGUAGUCAAGCUGAACAAUUUGAAGCAGAACGAAAACGAGAAAGAGAAGAACGAGAACGAGAAAGAGAAGAACGAGAACGAGAACGAGAGUUGUUUUUGACAAAGUUUACAGAAUUAGCAAAUCAAAUUUCAUCAUUAAAAGGAAGUGAAGUGAGUUUGCCUACGAUAGUUUCACCAUCAAGUGAGACCCCUACACCAAUGGAGGAUAAUCAGAAGUCUAGAUUAUUGGCAGAAAAUGGUGAUACUGUUGCUAUUGGACGAAUAAUGGCAACAAGCGGAACAAUUCAUUGUGUUGACUUAAGAGAGGGUAACUAUCGUGUGCGGGUGGAUGAGUGCUGCAAUAAUGAUGCUAAACUUAUUUUUCCUAUUAAGGAUGAGAUCAUUUUUGUACGUCAUGCUGUCGGUUACUUUGUUGAGUGGCCAUCUCAUCUGAUCAUUCCAUACGAUUCAAAUUUGCUACCUAAGAAGACAAAGAAGCAAAAAAGAAUUAGUUCACCAAUACCUAAUGCCCCAAUGACACAAGACAAGUCUCAUCCUUCCCAAAGACUUCCUAGUCAAAAUGAAGUAGUGUCAAGUAAAGCUAGUGCCCCGAUACUCUUCAAGAUUCCUAGUGGGGUUCCUCACUCUCUCAAGUGUUUAUUAACUACUGUGAAGUAUGUGGAGCCAAGUUUCAUGGUCAAAGUUCCGAUGGAUUUCGAGAUAUUAGGUCAUGGGAAUGAUUUAUAUAUCUCACAAGAAGAUAUAGUCCACUUUGGCUUAAUGGAGGAGAUUGGAGCAUCAUGUAUAUCGUUAUAUAUCAGGAUUUUAUACUUCCAAUUAGUGAAAAGAGAGAUCAGUCACUUUUUUUGUUUUGUUGAGCCAAUUUGGUUAUCAAAUGUUGGAUCUACUGAAGAAGAACGAGUUGAAUGGAUAUCAAAGCGUAUGAUUGAUUCAAAUCCAGGUCAAAUGUGGUUGUUGCCAUAUCAUAAGGGAAAUCAUUGGAUGCUUAUAAUAAUGGAUUUUGAUCACCAAUUAUGCUAUUUCCUGGAUUCUCUUGACAAUUUUCCACCAGAUGAAAUCAAAUCUCUCAUUUCUCGUGUUUUUCAACAUUUGCGCACAAAUAAUGCGAAAACUAAGGAAGUCGCAUGGAGAACUGUUAAGUGUCCUCGUCAACCAUCAAAAUCAGCACAAUGUGGAUUCUAUGUUAUGAGGAUGAUGAAAGACUUCGCGAAAAAUGAGUUUUCAAUGCGAUGGCUAACUAGUAAAACAUUUAAAGAGAUAUACUUAGAAUAA